GAAGUCUUGACUGACUAUCAGGCCAAAUGUCCUAAAUUAUGUAAACUUAAAAAGAGAAUAUGUUGUAAAAAUAAUCGAGUACAAUCAGAAUUAUUUCGUAGAGCAAUUCCAGUUAUAGAAAAAUGGAAAUAUCUCGAAAAGGAAUGGUCUCUCUUAGAUUGA